AUGUAUUUCAAUUAUGGUUUUAAUGAACAAUUUAUCGAAUUAAUUGAUAGUAAACAAACAAUUCGUUAUAAUCGUACUGGUUUAUUUAUAAAACAUAUUCGAAGUACUACGCACCUUUUUUGUAAAUUACAUAUGGAUACAACAUGUGUUGGUAUACGUGUACAAACACUAAUUAAGAAAGAUUUAGGUAGUCCACUUCUAUCAGAUGAAUAUCUAAAAAAUAAUGAUUUCCUUGAAAUGAAUACAAAUGAACGUGAUAUAUAUCGUAUUGCUUUUGAAGGUGAUUCUGUCUAUUUUCAUUGUCCAUCAAAUAUGACAUUACCUAUUCAAUGGAAUUUUCUUUCUUGUAAUUAUUAUUUAAUGAAAACUCUUCCAACAUUAUAUGAUGAAGAUACGAAAAUUAAUUCAGUAACAAUAGCUGAUGCUGGAAUAUAUAUAUGUCGAACUGAGACAACUAUUUAUCAACGAAUCGUAUUAACAAUUAUUCAUCCUCCUAAAUCACCUGAUAAUAUUUAUGAACGUACACUUAAUGUUAAUUUAUAUUCAAAACAUUUAAUUUGCUGUAAUUUGGAUGCUGUUCCAUAUCCAACAUAUUCAUGGUCCAUGAUCACCGAAUUUCAGAAUACAUCAUUUGUUUGGUGUUCAAAACGUUGUUGUUGGUUACAUAUUCUCUAUAGAAUAUAUCAAAAUAUUAUUUGUACAUCAACAAAUCAAAUUGGAAUGGCAAAAUAUAAUAUUUAUUUGAAUGUUCAAAAUAUGGAUUCAACAAAUACAGUUGUUUAUGAUGAACCAAAACUUUAUAAUCAUAAUCAUACUGAUAAUUUUAAUCUUAUUCGAGAAAUAACAGAAAAUCCAAGUAUUAAUCCAACUGUUAUGACUACAGAUCAAAAUGAUAAUAAUGAAUCAGGAAAUAUAUUUCUAGCUUUAUUAUCAUCUUCAUCAAAUGAUUCUAAUAUUGAAUGA